AUGGGACGUCGUCGCUUCGCAAAGAAGGGGGAGGAUGUGCGUCACUUCAAGCUCGUCGCACGUCCAGGGGCCGAUGAUGAUGACGAUAAGCCGCCGCUCGUCCUGGAGCCUUUUGCGCCGCCAGGUUCCCUUCGGCGCACCGGCAAGACAGAGGCUGGAAGCUUCUCGCUGAGCGUGUCGGAGAAAGUUGAACUGCAGGCUGAAUUGCUCGCCGUUCCUCAGCAGGUGAAGGUGGGUCCGCUUCAAGUCCUCGCCGCCGAGGAAGAAGGAAGCAACUGGAGGUCACGUUCCAAGCUGAUCCUUUCGGCAGCUCGGUGCACAGUGGGCUUGCUGAACAAACAGGACGUUGACUGGGACGAGCUUGACGGCUACGACUACGAGCAGCAUUUGAAGAGUGUCAGCGGCACGAAGAAGGCUAAGAGCGUGGUGGGCGUGGUGCUUGCGGCCCCCGAGCCAGUCAAGGACUUCCUCAAGCAGCAGCCUACAAAUGAUGAUGAGGAGGAGGUUCUGCGAGCACUAGAGCAUGUGGAUGAGUACGAGGAGCUCGAGGACGAGGUCAUGGCAGAAGUGGUGGAUGGAGGUCUUGUAGAGCCCGACAUGGUCUUAUGGGGUCCAGCAUCGCUGGAGAACGCCUUGCAUCCAGACAUGUCUGUCUUUGCUGAGCACAAGGCCCUCUUGCAGUCGCGAGGCAAGACGGAAGUAGAGGACGACAGUGACUUUGACGAUGGUUUAGAUGAGUUGAAUGGAGGUUACACAGCCGGGGGUGCGAAAGGAAGCAAUGCCCAGCCCAGAGACGAGGAUUUUGAGAAGUUUAUGGCAGACCAGUAUGGCGAUGAUGAGAUAGGGCCCCGAGACGAGGACGACAUCGAGGGGCAGAUUGAACUGGACGACACGGUUCUGGAUGAGUACCUGAACGAGCAGAAGGCCGAGCAACAAGAGCUAAUCUCGCUCUACGAGCCGCAGCGAGGCUUCAAGGACGACGAGCCCCGUGUCAUCGCCGAGACACGCGCUAUCAUCGAGAGACACUACUUGGAGGAGGAAAGUGAAGAAGAUACGGAGUCUGGAGACGAAAGUGAAGACGAGUCUAGGACAUGGGAUUGUGAGACGGUCCUGAGCACUCUGAGCAAUCUCUCCAACCGACCAGGCAGGAUAGGCAGAUUGAAGAUCGUCAAGGAGAAGACACAGCCGCUGAAUCCUGUCAAAGAAGCCGAAGGCAAGGAUGACGAAGCCGACGUGGUGGAGCUGCCUGAUGUGGUGACGACUCGCGAGAAGGGCGAAACUGCAGAAGAGAAGAGGGCCCGAAAGGCUUCUGUGAAGGAAAUGAGACGGAUCUGUAGACAAAUGAAGAAAGAAAGCAAAGACAUGUACAAGAAAGAGGCUGCAAAGCUGCCAGGCCAAGGUGGAGCUGACCUUCGGCAGAAGACGCGAACCGUCAAGUUAUGA